AAAAUGGCCGACAUAUGACGACGCCCAUCGCCUCUGUCUCGCAGCGCGCAAUUGCCUUCUAGCCUCAUAUGAUAUCUUUGAAGUCGGUAACGUGGCUUGUGGCUGAAGCGCAAAUAACUGGGAAAUGAGGGGGGAAAGCAGUGUACACAUUGACAAGACACAUCUUUGUUUAUCGCCUGUAAUCCAAAGGCACGCAUGAUCAGUCAGACAUUAAUUUCGAGAAACAGUAGCAGCUUUUUACAAAUCUCGUUUCAUUGCUUGCUUGUCAACAACAGGCGAGGAGGUUCGUUGGCUGGAAAAGGGAAAGGGGCGUUCAUUAUUCAUAAUUACACAUAGUUGAGCUUGUCAGCGACUAUGGCGGAGAACGUUUCCUCGGGUGAGUUCUCGACGUCUCUGACGAGCUCCACCAAGCUGCCCCCGCCAAGGACUCGUAUUUUCAAAAUCAUCGUUAUCGGGGACUCGGGGGUCGGAAAGACGUGCCUGACCUACCGCUUCUGCGCCGGGAAGUUCCCCGAGAAGACCGAGGCCACCAUCGGGGUGGACUUCAGGGAGAGGCUGGUCGAGAUUGAUGGCGAGAAGCUCAAGAUCCAGCUCUGGGACACAGCAGGCCAGGAGCGCUUCAGGAAGUCCAUGGUGCAACACUACUACCGCAACGUGCAUGCUGUAGUCUUCGUCUAUGAUGUCACCAACGCUGCCAGCUUCCGCAGCCUCCCUGCAUGGAUUGAGGAGUGUAAGCAGCAUGCUUUGGGAACAGAGGUGCCCAGGAUCCUUGUUGGAAACAAGUGUGACCUCCAAGAUUCCAUACAAGUAGCAACAGAUGUGGCGCAACAGUUUGCUGACUCCCACUCCCUGCCUUUGUUUGAGACCUCUGCUAAGAACCCCAACAAUAGUGACCACGCUGGCAAUAGUGACCACGUUGAAGCUAUUUUCAUGACAGUGGCUCACAAGCUCAAGUCGCAGAAGCCUCUGGUAUUGAGCCAACCUCCUGCAGAAUCAGGAGCUAGCGUCAACUUAGGCAGCAGCAGGCAGGACGGUACUGAUGGAUCGCGGGGCUGGGCCUGCAACAGCUGCUGAUUGUUGGAGGUACAUGACGUGUUUAAAUGCAUCACGAGGACAUGACUAAUUCACGCCUCCAAAAUAAGAAGAGUUGCACAUGCUUGUGCUUACGUUCAUGAUUGAGUGUCAAAUGUUGGUUGGGUAGAAGAAGGUGAAUAUUUCUGUCGAAAUGAAACCAGGAUAGAGGUUGGUGAACAGUACGAUCUAUCAAUUCACUUGUGGUUUGUGCUCUUUGGUCAAAAAUAAUACGUUCUUGAGAGCUGAUUUCACAUGGCAAAGUUGCUUCAGAGGAACAUAUUAAACGCAAACAUUCAUACACUCCUGUGGAAAUUGUAAGGGAAGCCAAAAGAAUGAUAAUAACAUUAUGUUAGUUUAAUCUAUUAUAGGGUGUCAGCAUGUAUCCAUUUUAUACAUGUACUCAAUCAUUAUGUACGUUUUACAAUGGUUCACUUUGAAAUAGUAAACCAUGUCUGGAUUGCAUUUCCAAUGUGGCAUUAAGUAGACAUGGAUAUAUUUACAUGUCACUAACAAAUGAAUCCUGUGAAGAGCAUUGUAAUACAAACAAAGGGCAGCAAUGUAACCUUCAGUAUUUAAUUCUUCAUGGAAUGUUUGUUUCAGCAUCACUAUGCUUUCCCUGUUGCUGCACUAAGUAACUAUUCUGUCAACUAAAUAAUAGGCUGCAGUGUCUGGGUGCCAAAAGUGAUAUGGUACAAUUGUUUUGAGACACAUUUUGACAACUGAAGUAAAACUUGCUGAUUGUAGUGAAAAUGAGUUCAGUCCUGGGUGAAAAUCAACUUUAGGUUUCAGAAGCUCUGCUCUUUACAGAACAGAGGCUGGUGUCAAUAACACAAGUUAUUUUGCACCAGUAUGUUCGGCCAUUGGUCUUAUGCACCUCUACUGUUCAGCUUUCUAUUAACUCUUACAAAUUAAAAGCUGUCAGUCUAAUAGAGCAGCCUUCUAUCCGGUCAAAAGAUUACAGUGGUAUGAAAAAGUAUCUGAACCUUUUGGAAUUUCUCACAUUUCUGCAUAAAAUCACCAUCAAAUGUGAUCUGAUCUUUGCCAAAAUCACACAGAUGAAAAUACAGUGUCUGCUGUAACUAAAACCACCCAAACAUUUAUAGGUUUUCAGAUUUUAAUGAGGAUAGCAUGCAAACAAUGACAGAAGAGGGGGGUAUUAAGUGAACCCUUUGCCUAAGGAGACUUAGAGAGCAAUUGAAAACAAUUUUUACCAAACCUAUUAAGUCAGGUGUGUGCUAUAUCACUGAUGAGUGGUUUAAAGCUGCCCUGCCCACUAUAAAUCGCACACCUGGUAAAAAAAUGUCUUGAUGAGAAGCAUUGUUUGAUGUGCGUCAUGGCUUGGUCAAAAGUGCUGUUCCAAGACCUGCGAUCAAGGAUUGUUGAUUUGUAUAAAGCUGGGAAAGGAUACUAAGCCAUCUUUAAAUGUCUGGAUGUUAAUCAGUCCACAGUCAGAAAAGUUGUGUACAAAUGGAGAGAGUUUGGCACUGUUGCUUCUCUCCCAAGGAGUGGCCGUCCACCAAAGAUGAUGCCAAGAGUUCAGCGCAGAAUACUCAGAGAGGUCAAAAAGAACCCUAGAGUGUCUGCGAAAGACUUACAGAAAUCACUGGCACAGUCCAAUAUCUCUGUACACACAUAAACUAUGUGUAAAACUUUGGCUGAGAAUGGUGUUCAUUGGAGGACUCCACAGAGGAAGCCACUGCUGUCUAAAAAAACAUUUUUGCUCGUUUAGUGUUCGCAAAAAGGCAGUUGGACACUCCACAGAAGUUUUGGCAAAAUAAUUUGUGGUGCCGAUGAAACCAAAGUUGAAUUGUUUGGGAGUAACACACAGCGUCAUGUGUGGAGAAAAAUGGAACAGCUCACAAACAUCAACAUCUUAUCCCUACAGUGAAGCAUGGUGGAGGAAGCAUCAUGACCUGGACAACUUGCAAUCAUUUAUGGAAAAAUAAAUUCAAAAGUUUAUCAGGAUGUUUUGUAGGAAAACCUGAGGCCAUCUGUCAGACACUUGAAGCUAAAAAAGAGAAUAGAUGCAAUAAGACAAUGAUCCAAAACACAGAAGUAAAUCAUCUUCAGAAUGGUUUCAGAAGAACAAAAUACAUGUUCUAGAGUGGCCAAGUCAAAGUCUUGAACUUGAACCCAAUUGAGAUGCUUUGGCAUGACCUAAAGACAGCCAUUCAUCCCAGGCAUCUCAUGAAUCUGAUCUGAACUACAGCAGUUUUGUAGAGAAGGAUGAGCCAAGAUUAGUCCUGAUUGAUGUGCCAGACUGAUCUGCAGCUACAGGAAGAGUCUGGUUGAAGUUAUUGCUGCCAAAGGGGGUGUGGGGUGGGGGGGGGUUCAGAAAAUAUGAAAUGUGAUGGUUCACUUACUUAUCUUAUUUUUCCUCCUUCCGUCAUUGUUUGCACACUAUCCUCGUUAAAAUAUGAAAACCUAUAAAUGUUUGGGUGGUUUUAAAGCACUUUUUUCAUCAGUGUGAUUUUGACAAAGGUCAGAUCACAUUUGAUGAUUUUAUGCAGAAAUGUGAGAAAUUCCAAAAGGUUGUUUUUCAUACCACUGUAUAUGUGACUCACAAUUUGAUUUUUGUUUUAAACAUACCUCAUCAAUUAUUUAUCAUUACAGCCAUGUGAUACAAAACAGUGGUCAAGCUGUCAUGGAAAAUACUUUGCCAUUGACUAAUGAAUUAAAUUAUUCCAGGCAUGCUUGCAGUGGCUUUGAAAUGUUGCCUUGCAAUAAAUAAUGUAAUGUAUUUCUUCUAGAUAGCAAUAAACAGAAUGAAACUACUUUUAAGUUUAAAUUUAUUACAUGCUGUUUGCUAAUUAAAAACAAUUAAAAUAGUAAUGGACACAGUGAAAUACUCAGUUACUAACAUUCAAAUAUAGUUGAGACUUAGGUACAGGAUAUAUUAUGUUAACGAGUAUGUACAGAGAAUUAUGCUACUGGAGUGCACAGUGCUUGCCAUCUGUUUGGUCAGAAAAAAGUUGAAUGAAUUAGCACAAUCUAUAAGUAGCAUUACAUCUGCUAGUCGGAUAAAGAAACAUGAGGAAUCUUUCUUUUAGGUCAGUCUGCUGUAAGGAGGUAGUUUGGAGGAGUCCCCUGUCUCUGUGAUUCCACACUCCAUAGACUGAACUGGAGAGUUGAAGAGCCUGUCGUCACUUCCAGCUAUAUGCAGAAAGACAAAGACUCAUGAGGUUGACAGCAAAAGGUUAAAAGAAAUGAGCAGAUGUCAACGGCUUGAAAACUAAUUCAGGGCCUUUACCUUGCCAUGUACACACCAUCUCAGCAUCCCCUUGGUCACACUGUGGAACUAGGGUCUCCUGCAAUACACACAAUAAAAAUGUGCAAUCUUUCUUCAGGGCUAACUGAUCCAUGUCUGUUUCUCACUGCUUAUUUGUGAUCCUCAUUACACAUUGCAUGGGAAUAAUAAUGUGAAGAGCUACAGUACAUUUACCCGUAUGUACAGCUACCCUUUGAUUAUAUUUUGACACAGCUGGACUGGUAAAAAUACACUUACAUAAUCUAUCAAGCCUCUUUUGUGCCAUAAAAAUGACAGGAGCAAUCAGCAUCAAGUGGUGAAUGAAAAGUGUCAGUUGGAGUUUGAAAAUGAAAUGCUAUUAGUAGCCUGUGAAAAACUGCACGGCUUUCAUUCAAUAAAAAUAAAAAAUUGAAGAAUUUUAACAAAUGAAAAUAAUGGGAGCACUCAAGAAAUGUUACUUGUGUUUUUAUUUAAUAUACAGUUGUGGUCAAAAGUUUACAUACACUUGUGAAGAACAUAAUGUCAUGGCUCUCUUGAGUUUCCAGUUAUUUCUACAACUCUGAUUUUUCUCUGAUAGAGUGAUUGGAACAGAUACUUCUUUGUCACAAAAAACAUUCAUGAAGUUUGGUUCUUUUAUGACUUUAUUCUGGGUGAACAGAAAAAAGUGAUCAAAUCUGCUGGGUCAAAAAUAUACAUACAGCAGCGCUAAUAUUUGGUAACAUGUCCUUUGGCCAUGUUUUCUUCAAUUAGGCGCUUUUGGUAGCCAUCCACAAGCUUCUGGCAAGUUUCUGGUUGAAUCUUUGACCACUCCUCUUGACAGAAUUGGUGCAGUUCAGUUAAAUUUGAUGGCUUUCUGACAUGGACUUGUUUCUUCAGCAUUGUCCACAAGUUCUCAAUGGGGUUUAAGUCAGGACUUUGGGAAGGCCAUUUGAAAACCUUAAUUCUAGCCUGAUUUAGCCAUUCCAUUACCACUUUUGAUGUGUGUUUGGGGUCAUUGUCCUGUUGGAACACCCAACUGCGCCCAAGACCCAAUCUUCGGGCUGAUGACGUUAGGUUACCUUGAAGAAUUUGAAGGCAAUCCUCCUUCUUCAUUAUCCCAUUUACUCUCUGUAAAGCACCAGUUCCAUUGGCAGCAAAACAGCCCCACAGCAUAAUACUACCACCACCGUGCUUGACGGUAGGCAUGGUGUACUUGGGGUUAAAGGCCUCACCUUUUCUCCUCCAAACAUAUUGCUGGGCAUUGUGGCCAAACAGCUCGAUUUUUGUUUCGUCUGACCACAGAACUUUCCUCCAGAAGGUCUUAUCAUUGUCCAUGUGAUCAGCAGCAAACUUCAGUCGAGCCUUAAGGUGCCGUUUUUGGAGCAAGGGCUUCCUUCUUGCACGGCAGCCUUUCAGUCCAUGGAGAUGCAAAACACGCUUGACUGUGGACACUGACACCUGUGUUCCAGCAGCUUCUAAUUCUUGGCAGAUCUGCUUUUUGGUGAUUCUCGGUUGAAUCUUCACCCUCCUGACCAAUUUUCUCUCAGCAGCAGGUGAUAGCUUGCGUUUUCUUCCUGAUCGUGGCUGUGACAAAACAGUGCCAUGCACUUUAUACUUACAAACAAUUGUUUGCACUGUUGCACUUGGGACCUGCAGCUGCUUUGAAAUGGCUCCAAGUGACUUUACUGACUUGUUCAAGUCAAUGAUUCGCUCUUUCAGAUCCAUGUAUGUAUAUUUUUGACCCAGCAGAUUUGAUCACUUUUUCUGUUAA